AUGACAUUAGACAGAGGUGAGAGUUUCGUUAACAAGAUACAACCGGCGGCUUCUGUGUCCUGCCUCUCGCAGUGUCAAAACAUUUUCGGGAAAAGGCUGAAGCGUUGGGGCUCCACGGGAUCGUGGAGCCCCGGCGCGGUUAGCGGCGGCGGCACGGAGGCGCAGCCAGGCUCCAGGGACGCCCUGGACGUGCGCUACUCACUGGCAGCCCUCGCCGACGACUACACCAAGAGGAAGCACGUGGUCCGGGUCACCACCGCUGCCGGCGCAGAGCUAUUACUACAGGCUGAAGGUGCAGCAGACGCGCAGCGCUGGCUAGCAGCACUCCGGCGUCACUCGGCGGAGCCCCCGCCGGCCGAGCCAGCGCCCGCACAGCCCGCACCCGCGCCCGCACCACUACCCGCACCCGACUGCCCCUCCCCACUCCCGCCACAACGCAGCAAGAAGAUCGGCAGGAAUAGGUCUCCCACUGUUCCCACAGGCCCACCGACGCCAACUUUACCAUCAUCUCCGAAGAACAAGACGUGGAAGGGCCGCAUGGCGAAGCAGUUGCGCCGCAUGCACGGCGGCGCGGCGGCCGCAGCGGCCCCGGCCGCGGGCUGGCUGGGCGCGCCGCUCGAGCGCUGCCCGCACGAUCCCGACCACCCAUUAGUGCCACGCGCUGUGACCUUACCUGCACAUGCUGUUGAGGCAUACGGUCUCCGCACAGUAGGAGUAUACCGAGUGCCAGGCAAUGCAGCGGGAGUAGCAGCCCUGGCGGCAGCACUAGACCGCGGCGAGCCCCCGCCCGCGGCGGACGCGCGGUGGGCCGACGUGCACGUGGCGUCCAGCCUGCUCAAGGCGUACCUACGGAGGCUGCCUGACCCACUGCUCACUGCUGAUCUGUAUCCCGCCUUUAUUGCUGCCGACCGGUCGCCAGAAAGAGCGCGGGAGCUACGGCGUCUAGUCCACGCACUGCCCGACGCACACUACGAAACACUCAAGUACCUGAUCCAACAUUUGCGCAAAGUUGUUGCGCAUUCCGCCUACAACAAAAUGGAGGCGAGAAACUUGGCCAUCGUUUUUGGACCAACGUUGGUCCGCGCGGCCAGCGACGACAUGUUGGCCAUGGUCAACGAUAUGUCCAGCCAAUGUCGCAUCAUCGAGUCUUUCCUCACACAUUACGAUUGGUAUUUCGAGGAAGAAGAGGGUGAACCCCCAGUAGAUCCCCCCACCAGCGCGGAGGAACUGUCCCCCGCGCCAGCGCCCUCUCGAGACCUGUUAAUACACAACGUUAAGAAGAUUGAAGCUUUCCAUAUUCCAGGCAAGGACGUGUCGACGCGAGACAUAGUGUCCUCUAUAAUAUCGGCGGCUAACCGCAAGAUCCAGCGCAAGCCGCGCUCCAAACCGGAGAAGAAGUUGGACGAUAAGCGAUCGGACGUGUCGCCGGGUGGCUCGCCGCCUAGCUCGCCGCUCACCUCGCCGCCACACCACCUCACCACCUCGCUGGCGGACUACGACGGCCUCAACCACAAGUACAGCAGGACGCAGGAUGGCAAUAAAAUUGAACUGGAGUCAAUGCAAGCGCUGGGCCGCGGUCGUCAAGAACUCUCGCGGCAUACUCACGCGCUCACCAACUUCUCUAUAGAUGGAACCGGAGACUUGGUGUCGUCUCUGACCAGCACGUUCGACCAGAAGUUGCGGACGCUGAACAACUCGUCCCCGCUCGACGACGGCAGCAUUCCCUACGCCGACGAGUGCCAGGACGAGACCGAGGAGGGCAAGUCCACCGCCAGCUCCCCGUCAGAGGGCGCCAGCGAGAGAGAGGAGCGACUGUCCCCCGCCGCGCGCGCGCACGAACUCAAGGCAGCCUGGCUCGCGCGGGACCACCGCCACUCCUCCUCCUCCAGCGCCGACGAGCCCGAACGCGCCUGGCCGCGCCGCCACGCGCGUGAUGAUCCCGACGACUCGGAGAAGGAAAACUGCCCACGACGGGACGAGCCCGACUCUGCCGAGCCGGCCACCGAACCAGCACCCCGCGAUAACAAGCGCAACAGUGCUGCACUGGAAGCCGUACCAGCCUCACGGCCCGCUGAAGAAGAGGGCGCCAAGCUAAAGCGCUCGGCGUCACUAUCCCGCGAAGCAGGAGCGCGCGUGCUGCGGUCGGAGAGCCUGAACUGUCGCGAGACGGGCGCGCGGCCCGAGCGCCGCGACCUGCCCGCCGUGCGCCGCCGGGACGCCGCCGGCGCCUGGCGCUCCACCAAACUCAAGCGCAAGAACGGCAUGCCCGAGCGAGGCAUCAAGCGGCGCCACACGGUGGGCGGCACCAAAGACUUCGACAAGGACGGCUGGUCGGCGCGCCACACGCGCACGUCGUCGCCCGACCUGUCGUCGGACGUGACGUCAGACCUGGCGGCGGAGCUGCCGAGCGUGUGGCCGUCCCCGCUGGUGCCGCCGCCGCGGCCGCCGCUGGAGUCGCACGUGUGA